AUGUUUGGAAGAAACGAUGCUGCAAUUACUACUGAUUUGGAGGCUGUUACUCAGACCAUGCAGAAUCAUCCUAAUGCGGAAAGUGCAAAUUUUGGUGGUUUGGAUGUGGAAAUCGCACUUGGCAUAUGGCUGGAUUGUGUAGAAAUCGCAGCUGAAAAACCAUAUGGAGCUCAAGAGUGGCUCAAGGAGAUCGAGAGGAUCUUCAGGGUGAUGGAUUGUUCUACAGUGCAAAAGAGUUUGGAAGCUAUUGGCGAGGUGAUUACUUGGGCUAUGUUCACAAGGGAAUUCCUGAGGAAGUAUUUUCCCGAAGAUGUUUGGGGAAAGAAAGAGAUGGAGUUCCUUGCGUUGAAACAAGGAAAUUCAACCAUCACCGAGUAUGUUGCUAAGCUUGUGGAGCUUUACAAGAGUCUAAACGAGAAGAGAGAAAAACUGAAUCUUGGUCAUAAGAAGCCUUAUGAUGCUCCAACUGAGAAAGGGAAACAAAAAGUUUCCGAAUGGAAGAAGACAAGUUGGAGAGGAGCUCCUGCUUCUGUCCGGUGUUAUAGCUGUGGUGAACAAGGUCACCGUUCCAAUGAGUGUGAGAACAAGGGUCAUAUCAGCACCCAGUGCCAGAAGAUAAAGAAGGAUGCUGGUGCUGGUAAGACUAACAGUAGAGUGUUCUCUUUGAGUGGGACUGAAGACUCCAAGAAGGGCAACUUGAUUUGA